AGGUAAAUCAGUCCGGGUCAGCUCGCUGGUCGUCUGCAGACAUGGCGGACUAUAAAGAGGCACCUUUGGCUUCCCGGCCAAAAACGUUGGAUCCAGCGGAGUAUUUCAAUCUUUCUCCGGAAUACCGCAGAGCUGAGGAGGAGCGGGCUGCGAUCAGAGCCCGGCUGAAGCGGCAGUACCAGAUGCAGCUCAACAACCCGCUCAGAAAAGAGCUGAUUGAGGAUCCAGCUCUGACCCGGUGGACGUACGCUCGAGUCCACGUCUUACCCAACUUCAAAGCAACACCAAAGACCUCACUGCUUGGCGGCCUGUUUGGAGUGUUCCCACUGUUCGCCCUGUACUUUUUGUUUAGCUCUGACCGGAACAAGAAGGAGCAGCAGAUAAAGGAUGGAACCUACCAACGCCCUUAUAGACUCUCAUACUGAGCGUUGACAACCUGUAUUGCAGUUUAAAUCUUUGUGUCAAAUAGUACUUGUAAUUAUUAAUAAACAUACCUUUAUUGUUGAAA